AAAAAAAGUGGAGCUUUUUUCAUAUCUCCUCUCCUUCUCUGUCCUUUUUACUUUUCCUCCAUCAGAAAGAUUUCGCCGGGGGCGAUGGCGGAGGAAUUCUUAGCGACGGAGAUGGACACGGCGGUGCGUGUGGUGCACCUCGCUUCUUCUCUCUGUGUUAAAGUCCAGGACAAGCUUCGUCUUCCUUCAUCCGCUAACGGUCACGUUAAGUCUAAGGAUGAUGAUUCCCCUGUCACCGUCGCAGAUUGGGGAGUUCAAGCGAUUGUGAGCUGGGUUUUAGCCCAAGUUUUUGGUGGUCAAAACCUUUCGAUUGUUGCUGAAGAGGACACUGAGUCUCUCUCCAAGGCUGAGUCAUUAGGUCUCUUAGGAGCUGUCUCCAGUGCUGUCAACGAAGCCUUGUCUGAAGCUUCCAAGUACGGGCUUCCAAAGCCUGAUAAGCCCUUGGAAACGACUGAGAUUCUAGAAGCUAUUGGUCGAUGCAACUCCCUUGGGGGUCCUAAGGGAAGGCACUGGGUUCUUGAUCCCGUCGAUGGGACGUUAGGAUUUGUCCGUGGUGAUCAGUACGCUGUUGCUUUGGCUCUGAUAGAGAACGGUAAAGUUCUGUUGGGAGUGUUGGGAUGUCCUAACUACCCUGUCAAGAAAGAAGGGUUAAGCAACGGUUGUAACCAACCUGGAACCAAAGGGUGUGUCAUGUAUGCAAAGAAAGGAAGUGGUCAAGCUUGGAUGCAACCGUUGAUCCCUGGUGGAUAUCCUGAAGCUGCAACGCUUCUUAAGGUUUCAUCAGUUGAUGAUCCGGUUUUAGCUACGGUUUGUGAGCCGGUAGAGAGAGCAAACUCAAACCACUUGUUCACUGCAGGACUUGCCAAUAGCAUGGGAGUUAGGAAAAAGCCGUUGAGAGUGUAUAGCAUGGUGAAGUAUGCAGCGAUUGCAUGUGGAGACGCUGAAGUGUUCAUGAAGUUUGCACAAUCGAGUUACAAAGAGAAGAUAUGGGACCACGCAGCUGGAGUGGUGAUUGUGGAAGAAGCUGGUGGUGUGGUGACUGAUGCUGGAGGGAGGAACUUAGACUUCUCAAAAGGAGUUUACUUGGAAGGUCUUGACAGAGGGAUCAUAGCGUGUUCUGGUCAAGUGUUGCAUGAGAAGCUUAUAGGUGCUGUCUAUGCUAGUUGGGAGUCUUCCAGCCUCUAAAAAGAUCUUUUUUAGCCACAAGCCUCAUCAUCGAGCUAACGUUUUAUUUAAAAGCAAAGGUCGAGGCAAGUGGUAAGCUACGAUUUGCAGAGUGGGUGAACGUAAAUACUAAAAGAAGCAGCGGUAAAAGAAUCUUACUAUCUACUAUCUACUAUAGUAAUAAAGCUGUUGCAAAUCACGUACCCUUAAUGGAUGAUAUAUAAAUUUUUUUAUCUUCGUCCUGUAAUUUCUUACCUUCAAAACGUGGAUUAUGCGUAAACUGUUUUUUAACAAGAUAAUAAACAGUACUCAAAAG